AUGAUAAAAAUCACUUACCAUCCUUGUAUCACUGAUUCCACAGAUUCUCUUCUCCUUGGUUGCUAUAGUUACGGACCAGAUAACAACUCGACGAAGCAGGUCCUCUCGACUCUAUCGACAAACAAGACCGAAAUGAGCUGCAUAGAAGCAUGUGCCACCUCAGCAUUCAAAAUUGCUCUUUCAAACGACUCUCUCUGCAUAUGCAGUCAUGACAAUAUCACGUCGAAAAUAAACAUCACAGACUGCAAUCAGACUCACGUGACCUUAACAGGAAAUGACGUCAGUAAAAUAUAUUUGCAUGUCUAUAACACAAGUAGGUUGCUCCCUGGAUAUUGUGAAGUGUUUGAUGAAGUCCGUUUUCAAAUUCCGCCAAUGGUUACCCUUAACAUUACGAAGAACCACGAAGUCGAGCUCGAUUUUGGCGAUGGGAAUGUCUAUAGUCUGUCAAACAGGAUUUACAACACGAGUUAUGUAAGCCAUCGAUACCUGAAAUCAGGACAUUAUCGAGUGAUGUUGAGGUCGAAGUCACACAACGGGUCUGGAUGUCACGCAUAUCGUGACGUCAUCGUCCAGCAAGGAGUGGUCGUGCAAGGAAUGAGUUGUCCUUCCCAUGUAGAGACGAUGGCCACGAUUUUAUGUCGUAUGGAUGUUCUCACGGGCUCAAAUAUGACGGUAGACCUGGAGACUGUGAAUCAAAAAAAUGCAAGAAUUAAGCAAGAAUUUCAGUUGCAAGACAUAGAAAUGGUUAGCGYUGGAAAUCUGAGAGCAGAAGUUUCCAGUCAAGUGAACUCGUCUUUGGAUGACCAGCAAGGUGGAACGUAUGUUAUUCCUGGAGAACGCUUUCACACUACCACAGUGUUACAGGCUUGGGAGGUUUUUGCUACUUCUAAUUGCUCUGCAAAACUGCAGGUAUUUAGACCAACUAGACAAUCUAACUGCAGCAUGUCAUGUUCGUUGUCCACUCUUUUAUGUAAGAAAUGGUCCCUGUUAUCCAACGAUAAUUGUAACGAAGUGUGCCUCCAAAUAAGGUCAUGCAACACUAACAAGAACUGUAUCCUAAACAAUUCAUCCUUCGAAACCAUCUUUUCACUAGAUGUCUCUCUUAACCCUGGAUAUAACUUCAUUUCUGUGCCUAAUUCCAUGAAAGCAAUUUUGGUAGAGUUUGGAGAUGUCCUUGGAUGGGCUUCAAAUGAUUCACAAUGUAUCCAAGCAAUCCAAGGUCAAAACCACAACCACGAAGUACUCUACUCUUCAUUCGCCUCAAGCUGGAAACCGUUUUCCACUCAAGGAAAUGUAACACGGAAAAAUGUGUCCUUUGCUCUUCGCGUUCACGGAUUCGUUCCUAUGGAUAUAAGCUUUACGUUCUGCCAUAGCCAAGCUGAAAUAAUUUCUGUACGUUCAAAGAUUCGGAACUUGAUUUCUACAGUGGAAAAUUCAAGGUUUAAUGAAACGGUCGUCGUGCAAGUGCCAGUGAGUGGUACGUGGUAUCGAAUUGAUGACUUCAUGGUGGUUAAUGAAAGUCGUGAAGUGAUAAUCAAAGCAGACAAGGGGACAAAUCUAACUUGUAUCUUAAAGCUUCCCAAUAGGGAUAUCGUCUAUUCGCCUUUCAUAAAUGGGAAUCAAACUGAAGGAUUGGACUACCACGUAAUGGUAACCUUUCAUAAAAGUGAAGUGGUGGGGAUUUCGUUCAAAAUUUCUAACCUGGUUUCUGAAAAAUAUGUUUCAAAGAGUACAACAGUUCGAAUCCAAGUCAAGGGCCUUAGAGCUUCUAUUAAGUAUGCUGAAUUUGCUUAUCAAAAUGCUGAGACCUUCUACAACGCGAGUAUCCUUCAAGGAAACUUUGUUGAAUAUCAUUGGAUAUUCGAGGAUCCGAAGAAACCGUACGUCAACAAAUCGACAACUGCUUCGCAUGUUUUUCAAAACCUAGGGAAAUUUAAGGCCACACUUUAUGCGCAUAACAGCGCAUCCUACGAAGGAGCGACCAUCCCAACACUCGUAAUCCCGAAUCCUCUAUGUAUCCAAAUACCAAUGUAUGUCAAGGCAGGGGUCCCACAAGCUAUAGGCUGCCAGGUUCUAUGGCCUGAAGGCACACCUCAAUCGUUUUAUCAGAAGUUUAAUCUAUCGGCUCGAAAAGGUGCUGACAUGCCUGAAAAGGUCGAUACAAUUUUAGAUUUUGGCGAUGGGAAAACAAUGUUGAAGAAUUCCAGUGUAGAACUAGUGUACCAUACUUUCGCUAGCGGUAAGAAUAAGGCUGAGAAUAUCAAAUGCACUGUGCAAAAUCAUCCAGAACUGAAUAUAAAGAAGAAUGUAAAAGUUUUAGAAGCAAUAUCUGGGGUUCAAAUCCACACCAACUGCUCUAGAAAUAUUUCUAUCGGAACUAUGUGUAACUUCGAGGCAAUAUUUACAGGAGAUUUGGGUCAAUGUCGUUGGGCGAUAAAUGACAAAGAUGACACGUUUUUUCCAUCUGGAAACUGCGCCAUAGACUACAAAUUUGAAAGGGCAAAUGAAUAUGAAGUUAGUGUUAAUGUCAGUAACCAAGUAUCCUCGUUGUUUGAAAAUUCUACUUUUGUGGUUUCUCGUCACCACAUUUCUGCUACCGCAACCACCACAAUAUCUAUUUAUCCAACCAAAACCAUCGUCAUGGAAACAGCUACCUUAGCUACCUUAAAUAUUAGUGCAACAUCAAUAGAUGUCACGUCAGCUGUUGUUAUGGAAACCUCAAGCAUUUCCCCCUCCACCACUAAUAUCCUAAUUUCCUCAAUAACUCCCAACUUGACCGUCACAGAUUUGAUCCUUGUAUGUCCAAAUUAUGGUGCUGUUGGAAAAGAGGUAGUAUUUGAAGCAUAUUUAACCUCUGGUGCACCGUUAUCUUACUCGUGGAAAAUAGAUACGUCAGUGCUUUCUAAAGCGAGGAGACGUUUAUACCAUGUAUUCAAAAGUCCAGACAUUUACUCAGUAACUAGCGAAGUGACAAGCAGCAAUGGUAAUCUUUCUCGUACCUGUCGAGUUACGGUGCAGGAGUUGGUAAAGGGAUUCAGGAUUACAAAGCUUGAACUUCGAAAAGACUUGAAAGUUGAGAUUGGAUUUGAGGUCCUUCGGGGUACCAACGUAACUUACGAAGUCGAUUUUGGAGAAGAAGGUGUGCCUAAAGCAAAGGAACUUCUUAACUCAUCGCCAUCGAUCAUAUCACUGAUACACCAAUACAAAACCCCACGACAAUACACUAUAUCUAUCCAUAUUUCAAGUCUGGUUGGACCAAAUAAAACUAUAAACAGUACGCUCCUAGUGGUAGAUGGCUCAUGCACUAUACAUGACGUCACUAUCGAGGGCGGGUCACGUGACUCCAGCUCGGCGCCAAUCAUACUCCCACAGUAUGAAUAUUCUGUUGCAACACGAGUAAACGCAAGCUGUGAUGCUGCAGGUACAUUCUCUUACACAUGGAURAUUUCUAAUGUUGCCAACGAAUCAACGGCUGAGAGGAUGGUCAAAAUACCUGAAGAAGUUUCGCUGGACGGUAGGGAAUUGGUCCUUCCAUCCUAUACCUUACCUUAUGGAUUGAACAAAUUGAUUGCUAUGGUGAAGGUGAAUCCACAUGGCAUUUCGAAGUCUGUAAUUGGGUACGUUAAGGUCCGUGAGCCAGAUCUGGUUGCACUGAUUGACUGUGGUCAUGUACGCACGGUGUCACGUGAGCGUGAGGUUGUUUUUAACGCAUCGAGGUCUUACGAUCCAGGCACCUCGGCAACAGACAGUUCAUCGCUGUUUUUCAAGUGGUCUUGUGAUUGCAAGGGGAAUGAUUCGUGGAUAGGAGAUGAUAUACCACGUAAUAACUCAAUCCUUUAUGUCCCCAAAAUGCGGUUGAGUAACGGCGAGUGUAGCUUUCUUGUCGAAGUUACAAAAGGCACAAGAAAAGCCUCUGCCAAACAGACAAUCAAUGUUGUAGGUGGCAACUUCCACUCAUUGUGUUUCAGAUGUAUCCAGAACUGUGAUAAAAAAGUCCAUCUGAACAAAGCCGUUGUUUUCUUCUCCACAACCUGCCAAGAAAACAAAAACCUCUCCUGCACUUGGAAGCUGACUCAAUCAAGUGGACAUAAUGUGAAGAAAAGGUCGCUUCCCUUUGAGUCCUACAAGUUUGUCAUUAGCCAAGGAGAUUUCAAGCCUAAUCAUACUUAUACAGUGUCAUUAGAGGCUAUAAUUAAUGGUGUAAGACUGAGCAAUGAUUAUCGCCUUAAAACGGACAAUGUUCCUGAAGGAGGUGCUUGUAGUAUAUCUCCAAGCCAUGGAAAAGUCAUUGAAACGACGUUUCAAAUAAAAUGCAAUGGAUGGGGUGAUGAGGAUAGCCCUUUGUGGUAUGAGUAUUACUAUAUUGAUCCUGAUACUGGACCGACCAUGAUGGCAUAUGGUUGGCAACCGCAGUCACCUUUGUUGUACCUUCCAAAUGGACAAGAAUCGGAGAACUACACGUUAGGAUUGCACGUUGAUAUUGUUGAUGUCUUGGGAUCACGAAAGAGAGUUCCUUUACAUGCGACCGUGAUGGGGUUUAGUAAGGAUGAUGGACCGAUCGGUGCCAUACUCAACAGCUACGUUAACGGUCCCUCAAGCAUUCUGGAAGAAAUGUACAACCGCGGUGAUGACCAACAGGCAAUCCAGUUCAUGACGACUAUAUCAUCUGUGUUGAAUGAAGAUUCUCUGGCACAAACUGAAUCUAAAGGACAAGGCGAGAGAGAAAAGGUUCGCACAACUCUCACCAAGGAGUUUUCAAAUAAAACAAUUUCAAGUUUUCCAAGUCUUAGACAAGUUUUAGGAGGUCUACGAAGUGCGACGAAAAUAACAAAUGAAGUAACGUCCGACGCACAGGUCUAUGGUGCAAAAGGAUAUGAAAACAUGGCAUCGACACUAGCAAAAAAACAUGUGCACAAGCCAAUAGAGAAAGAAGCUGAUGCCAUUGUCAAAGGUUUGUCCGAUGUUCUGGAUUCGUCAAAGAUGACGUCAAACAAGGCAAGAGACGACGAAAAAAUGCAGAUUGAUUGGAUGGAUAACAGUAAUGCUAUCAAGAGCCAGGAAAUGUUAAGAAAGGUUUUGACAGUCAAGGAGUCGCCUUUCCCAAACCAAGGCCUAACGCCGAUUAACAGUCAAGUAUCGAGUCUAGAGCUACAAGACCCAAGUGGCAAUCCCAUUCCUAUCAAUAAUUUGUCCCAGCCUAUUUCUAUUUUCUUGAAUAAUGCUAAAACAACAGAGCUCCAAAGCAACAUCAGCGGUGUUCUGGAUCACGAACAAUGUAUAAACAUUACAGUAUAUAAAAUCAAAGUAACGGAAGAAGACGCAUCUAUUUACCUGGAAGCAAACUGUUCCUCACAAGACACCAAACAUUACAGCCAUUGCAUUUUGAUGUGGAGAAAAAACAACCAUCCGGACUUCGUGGAACACAACCAUUCCUGGAAAAUAAGUCAAAUGAAUGGAACAUUUAAGACUUUACUUACAAGUGAAAUGCUUAACGGGACUGGGGAUUACUUUCUCGGGAUCUCACGGGAUAGAUCCCGAAACAUUUCGUGUGAUGAGAAGAGAAAUACCUCUGUCAUCUUUAAUGUAACAGUCAAUGUGGUCAACUGUUUGUAUUGGGACGAGGGAAAGCAAAAUUGGAGUAAUACCGGUUGUCAGGUUGCUCCCCAAACGAAUCAGCAUCGUAUUCACUGCUUGUGCAACCAUCUCACUUGGUUUGGAAGCAAGAUAUUUAUUCCCCCUAACAGUUUGGAUCUUGAAAAAAUCGCUUUGAGGAUUUCUGACCCCUCAUACUACUUGCCUGUCCUGGCUGUACUAUGCACUAUAUGGUUGGUCUAUGCAUUAGCGAUAUUAUGGGCACGCCGUGCUGAUAAACGUGAUGUUCUAAAGACCGAAGUGAUGAUUAGCCCAAGUAACCAGCCCGGUAACAAGUACAUCUACGAAGUAGCGGUAACUACAGGAAUUCGCAGGCACGCUGGCACGACAGCCAAUACAGCAAUAAUGAUAUACGGAGAGCUCCACGACAGUGAACCUUACCUCCUGACAGACAACGCAUCUCACAGGACACUCCAACGAGGGACAGCGUCGUCUUUUCUCCUCACGACUAAAGAAUCACUAGGGCCACUUUUACAUAUCAGAAUAUGGCAUGACAACAAAGGCAAAGACCCGGCUCUGUUCCUAAAACACAUUGUAGUACGCGAUAUUCAAACUGGAGAGAUCUCCCAUUUUUUAUGUAACAGAUGGUUUGCCGUAGACGAAGGAGACGGGAUGAUCGAUAGAGUUCUACCCAUUACCAGCGAAGAAGAAAUGGCGCAGUUUUCUCAAAUGUUCUUGGCGAAAACCAAAAAAGAUUUGACUGACUCGCAUCUUUGGUUUUCUGUUAUCUGGCGACCACCGCAUAGUCCUUUCACUCGCGUCCAGAGAGUCUCCUGUUGCCUUUCUCUUCUUCUUUGCACGAUGAUGGCCAACGCUAUGUGGUACGAAAAAGACAAGGGAAGCUACACUGCAGUGGAUCUUGGACCGUUUCAAUUUUCCUGGGAACAGAUUUCCAUUGGCAUCAUGAGCAGCCUCGUAGUUUUUCCUAUUAACCUUAUUCUAGUUCAAAUCUUCCGUCACAGUAAGCUGAGAAGGUCUCCUGAUAUCCCUAAGAAGCAACAGAAAGCAGACAGCAACAAAGUAACACCUAUGAAACUCGUACCCACGUUCAUGCCAAGUAGCUAUCAUCCACUGAAGAACGAAAGAUCGUCUUCUUUGCAGCUGAGCCAAAUGGAACAGGAAGGCUGUAAAAAUCAUAACAGUCUUAAACACCCGAGAGCUGGGUUCUUACYUUUGAGGUUGGCGGCUGUCUUUGUCAUUCCUCGUAUUUCGAAGAGUUCAAAACAAGUUGAGAGCAGCAGGGAAGACUGCUGCAACAAUUUAAUAGCACCUUCCAUGAAGGAGGAAGAACGAAAGGAGACAAAAAGAAAAGCUUUUCGAGGUCUUCCGUAUUGGUGCUUCUACAUCGGAUGGGCAGGUAUCGCUGUCACUUCACUUACAUCUACAGCUGUCACCCUAAUGUAUGGGAUAGAAUUUGGCAGACGAACUUCAGAAAAGUGGCUUUUUUCCAUGUUUGUUUCCGUCACUCAAGAUAUUUUCGUCAGCCAACCCCUAAAAGUCAUCGUUUUCGCUGUCAUCUUUGCAUUUAUUAUAAAGAAACCGAACUUAAACGAUCACUCGGAUAAGGAAAGCGAUAUGGGAAAAAGACAACGUUUGACCCAGAGCCAAUCAAUGCAUUGCACGACAAUCCAAGCCCCAUGUGUUCCCGUCACAAUACCUUCUGAGGACACUCUCGAAAUGGCGAGAAAGAAAAGGUUCCAAGAAAAACAGAUGGCUGUUAUUCUUUCAGAUAUUGUGACAUAUAUGUUUUUCUUGUUGAUAAUUUUACUGAUAUCGUAUGGACAGAGGGAUAAGAGCUCUUUCUUGCAGAAAGAAUCGGUGGAAGGAUUAGUGAUGAGGACGAAUUAUAGCGGAUUGUCAAAGGGAUAUCGACCGGACCAAUUUCAAAAGGUAAACUUUUUUAGUGGUUGCCAAGUCCCUGAUGGUGCCAGCUUUCUUUUAACCAAAUGCACAAUGCCAUAUUCCAUGACAUCCGAAGACGAAAACAGCUACCUACCAGGAUGGGUAGCCACCAACACAUCCAAUCCUUCCCAUGAUCCUCUUUGGCAUUACAGCAGCGCAACUCAACUACGAGGCUUUCCUGUGAUUGGUAACAUCGAGACGUACUCUGGUGGUGGAUAUGUGCUGAAGUUUUCUCCGAUUUACUACAAAGCGUUACAGCAAAUCCACAAGGCUAAAGACCAGUUGUGGAUUGAUAAAUUUUCCAAGGCUGUUUUUGUUGAAUUCAACUUGUAUAACCCAUCAAGCAAUCUCUUCACUGCUUGCAUAGUAUUGAUAGAAUUUAUGCAAUCGGGAGGCUUUACUAUCAAGCACGAGUUCCUCACGUAUCGCUUGUAUCGAUACGUCGGAGACUUUCAGCUUUUCGUCGUCGCAAUGGAAGUGUUCUUUCUCCUUUUUGUCACCUACUUCACCUAUCGAGAAGGAAAAAGUAUAUACAAGAAUCGCUGUCAGUACUUCAAGUCAUCAUGGGUCUGGAUCGAAAUUAUCAUUAUCAUAUUAUCUUGGGUCACUAUUGCACAUUAUUUUAUUUGCUUUGGGAUAAGAAAAUGGACUCUACAACAGUAUCUUAGCGACCCUAGUAACUUUACAAACUUUCAUUAUAUUUCCACCUGGCAACAGGUGUUUGAGAACUUCAUGGCUUUGACGGUGUUCGUUGCUUUCUUCAAGAUUAUCAAGCUUUUGAACUUUAACAAAAGAAUGUACAUCCUUGCGCACACCUUGAAGCAUGCAGCAAAAGAUCUUGGCAGCUAUUGGUGCAUCUUUUUACUUGUUUUCUUUGCGUUUUCUCAGCUGUAUUUUCUCAUGCUCGGGAGCGAAUAUCUUUCGUUCAGCACCUUUAUUCGUUCCAUGGAAAAGCUUCUCAGUGUCAUUCUUGGCAAAUUCAGUUUUGAGGAAUUCAUGAACCCUUUCAGGAUUCUAGGAGCUAUAACUUUCAUCCUUUACAUGAUUGUGAUGAAGUUUUUGCUCCUCAACAUCCUUAUAGUUCUCGUUAUUUCCUCGUUUCAAGAGGUGAAGCAAUCGAACAAAAAACUCAAGAAUGACUUUGAAAUAGUUGACUUUAUGGUAGAACAACUGAAAGCUCUUUCGGGGAUGCGUUUUCUUAAUAAACGAGGAUUCACUAUGGACAGAACUGAUACCAUUUCAGAAUCUAUCAGUGAUAGAGAAAACCAAACUUUCGAUAGUUCACAUGCACAUGGACAGCUCAACGAACUGCUACUUCGCGUUGAUAAAUUAGAGUCAUUGCUAAUGGAGCAAGAUUAUUGUGAUACGUUUGAUGAAUUGUUGUACAAGUAUUUGUGUGUUCAUAGACGCGGGAAGACUCUGGUUAAAGAAAACGAUGCGCGUAAAAAAACGUUUGGGGAUCGCCUCGAAAUCACUAAAACUAGAAUCUAGUUUAACAAGGUCGUGGGAAACAUAAGAUUUCAAGGGAAUUUUAUAAAUCCAUUUGCGAAACUCUGUAAUCCAUCGUAGAAGUAGUGGAACUUUCUAUUUCGCUUACAGACGAAUGAACCAAAUAAAACAUUGUACAUGGUG